GUCCAAUAUGGCGGCGCCCAGUGGCGGUGUGAACUGUGAGGAGUUCGCCGAGUUCCAGAAUUUUUCUAUCUACCACCACAUUUUAGAACAAUAGACAAAGAGGGAAUAGAGCAGCAAUUAUGCUGGAUUGUCUGGGACAAUUUGAGGAAUUACUCAAGGUGAUGAGGACGAUUGAUGACAGAAUAGUACAUGAAUUAAACACUACGGUUCCAACAGCUUCCUUUGCAGGGAAAAUUGAUGCAAGCCAAACCUGUAAACAACUUUAUGAGUCUUUAAGGGAGGCUCAUGCCAGCAGGGACAGAGUCAUAAAAAAUUGUAUAGCUCAGACCUCAUCAGUAGUAAAACAGCUCCGAGAAGAGAGAGAAAAGAAUUUGGAUGAUUUAACGUUAUUAAAGCAACUUAGAAAAGAACAGACAAAGUUGAAAUGGAUGCAGUCAGAACUGAAUGUUGAAGAAGUUGUAAAUGACAGGAGCUGGAAGGUGUUUAAUGAACGCUGUCGAAUUCACUUCAAGCCUCCAAAGAAUGAAUAAAAAGAUACUUUAAAAAAAAAAAAAAAAGGACCGGGACAUCUCAUAAGAGCUAAGCAUGACA